UUUGCCAAACACGUUACAGUUGCUGAUUCGACGUGAUUGGUGGUGAAUAGUGUGUCCGUGUCAGAAGUGUCACUUCGCUUACCACAGAGGCUGCCCGGACUUGCGAAAGGCUACAUUUUGAACAUUGGACCUGCAGGCGAUGCUUGGAAAGAUUGGCUUUGUUGGCUCAAGUCACACAUGUCAUGCAUCAUAGCCUGAAAUUGGGAAGACUGCCUGCAAAGACAGGAGAUCUGUUAUGCAGGCAUGCCAUCUCCCUAUCUCGGCCAGCUGUUCGUAGAUGCUCGCAGAGCAGCGGCUCCACCCACUUCGGCUACACAACAGUCAAGGAGGAUGAAAAAGCUGGCAAAGUCCACGAGGUAUUCUCCAGCGUGGCCGGCAAGUACGACCUGAUGAACGACGCCAUGAGUCUGGGCGCCCACCGGCUGUGGAAAGACGCCCUGGUGAGCCGGCUGCGGCCGUCCGCCCGCACCCGGCUGCUGGACGUGGCCGGCGGCACAGGUGACGUGGCGUUCCGGUUCCUCUCGCACGUGGAGUUCGCGUCGGGCGGCGCGUCGUCGGCGGCGGCGGCCGGCCCGGCGCCUGACCUGGAGGCCGAGGCGGAGCGGCUGGGUGUGGCGCCGAUCGAGCUGGGGGAGUCGGCCGAGGCGCCCGCCGCCGGCCCAGCCACGCCGCCGCCGCCGGUGGUCGUCUGCGACAUCAACGCCGCCAUGCUGGAGGAGGGCCGCCGGCGCGCGCGACUCGCCGAGCUCGAGCACCGGCUUAGCUGGGUGGAGGGUGAUGCCGAGGCGCUGCCCUUCGCUGACGACUCGUUCGACGCGUACACCAUCGCCUUCGGCAUACGCAACGUCACGCACGUGGACCGGGCGCUGUCGGAGGCGCACCGGGUACUGCGGCCCGGCGGCAGGCUCCUCUGCCUCGAGUUCAGCCGCGUGACCAACCCGCUCGUCCGAUGGUUCUAUGACCAGUACUCGUUCCAAGUGAUCCCUCCCAUGGGAACAGUUUUGGCGGGCGACUGGAAAUCGUACCAGUACCUGGUAGAAAGCAUCAGGCGCUUCCCAGCUCAGGAGGAGUUCGCGCGAAUGAUCGAGGACGCCGGCUUCGGUCAGGUCUCGUACGAAAACCUGACCUUCGGCGUGGUCGCCAUCCACUCGGCCUUCAAGUUGCCACGGUCCACAGGGCCUGCGUAGUCCCAGCUCAGUUUACAUACCUCGCCACCCAUGUGCUUCGCGUGUGAAAAGUGAUGGAUGCUGACCGCGAGGACGUCUGAAUCAUGCGAGAUGCCGUCGACAAGCCCACAUGAGACUCAGAAUGCCGCCAAGGCCUGAUAGCUGAAUAAACCAUUGUGUCAUGA